AUACUUAUAAUAAAUCAGUAAUAAUUGAUGGUAUCCAUUUUAUUGCUUCUGAUUUUGGUGAACGUAUACUUAUCACAUCACAUGUGCUUGAUAGCUUUGAAAGGAUUAAAAUAGAUCUUAAUGUUCAUAGAUUUCACGAAGAAGAAUUGACUUUUGAUUAUGAUUUAAUGGAUCCCUAUAAUUUAACGAAUCCUGUCAAACAAUUAUUUAUUGAAAAAUUGGUAGAACAAUCGGUUAAAGAUAACUGGCUUAAUUAUUUGAGAAAUGAUUUGAAUGAUUAUAACAAAAUAUCGACACCUCCAGGUAAAAAAGACAUUAUUGAUUUUAUAAGAAACAUUGACAGUAAAAAAUAUAUUCAGGGAAAUGAGACAUACGAAGGGUAUUUGACAAAAUGGACCUUAAGUUGUAAAGAUGUUAUGUUUACUCUUGAAGCGUUUCACGAAAAAUCCAAAGUAUCUGAAGAAAAUAAGCGGGAACCAGUACAUAUAAAAAAUCAACAAAAAGCAAAUAUGUAUGGUAUAAGUGUGCAUUAUAUUUGGGGUGUUGGUAAAGACGUUGGUAAAGAAAUUAAUAGAGAUGUUAAAUAUUGGAGAGAGAUAUUUGAUGAUUCUUUACCAGAAAGACUUCUUCCACAAUCUGAUUUAGAUGGAAUUAUCAAUGAAGCUAAUAUUAAAUCAAAUAAUGAUACUACAAAUUUAUAUGAUUUGUUAUUAGAUAAUUAUGUUGAAGAUAAUUUUUUUUUAGCACGUUUUGGUAAAAUACUUAUGGAGAAAUUUUUAGAUUUAAAUAGGGAUUGGUGGAUUGAAAAAUUAUGCGAGAAUUGUAUUAAUAAAUGCUCGUAUGGCAAUGAUAAAAAUAGUUCUGAUAUACAAUCAAAUAUUCAGUCAUUAAGUAUUAUAGCUCAAUUUUAUUCAGAAUUAAUUGAAAAGAAUCCUGCAAUCAUAUAUAAAUUUUUAUCGGAGAUGGCAUUUGUGGUUCCUUCAGUUGAAAAUAAUAAUACGUACUAUAAUUCUUUAUCAUCGUCACCUCAUCUUCGCCAUUAUAGUUCACAUUAUGACUUAUAUGAAACAUCCCACAUUAAUAAUGCAUUUUUUAUUAUUUCUAAAUAUUGGCUUGUCUUUAAAAAUAAAAGUAAGCCAUUUAUUUGGAAUCAACCGAAAUCACUUGAAAAUUAUUAUAAAUCUUUAUCUUCUGUUAUUCAGGGUUUCCUUAUAAAACCAUUUGAAAAUUAUUAUAGAACUUACUAUGUAGAUAAUAAUGCAACAAUUAAAUUAUUAUUUCCUUUACCUUAUUUUGUUAAUUAUCCCAAAGAUUUCAAUACUUUAAAGGAUUUAUGGAAACCUGAACCUAUACAUGUGCAUGAACUUCGUGAUCUAAUUAAAGAUAUUCAAAAUGGUAAAUGGACAACUUUAGAGAAACCUUAUAUUUCUCCUUUAUUUUUAGAAUAUAUUUAUCAAGAAGAUGAAUCUGAAAUCAGUCAAAUUAAAAAAAGAUUAGAAGAUUUAACUAACGAUGAAUCUGAAAUUAGACAGAUUAAAAAAAGAGUGGAUGAUUUAACUAGCAAUAACUAUGAAAUUAAAAAAAGGUUAGAAGAUUUAACUAACGAUGAAUCUGAAAUUAGGCAGAUUAAAAAAAGGGUGGAUGAUUUAACUAGCGAUGAUUCUGAAAUUAGUCAAAUUAAAAAUGGGUUAGAAAGUUUAACUAAAUUAUUUGGCAGUUUCAAAGAAGAAAUUAUAUCAAAAUUAAACGAAUUAAAACAAAACUAG